AUGCGUCACGUCCCUCGUUCCAACGUCUUUGACAGAGUCCGAGAAGGGUGGCCCAACUUCUGUGAGAAGAUUAAAGCCAUCAACGCUGAUUUCACUCAGCCAAAUCUGGCUAUCAGUCCCAACGAUACUCAGGAGCUCUUUUCCGAAGUCAAUGUCGUCUUCCACUGCGCUGCAACCGUUCGUUUUGAUGAACCAUUGAAGCAAGCUCUGCUCCUGAACGUCAUGGGCACGCAGCAGCUCUUGGUGCUGGCUCACCAGAUGAAGAACUUGGAGGCCUUCGUUCACCUUUCAACUGCCUAUGCAAACUGUAACCGGAGGCACAUAGAGGAAGUCAUCUACCCUCCUCCUGUGGAGCCCAAGAAACUGUUCGACCUUGUGGA